UUCUAGUACUUGUUGCUGGGACUACUUUUCGCGAGCAAACUUUCUUGCAAAAAAUGCCACCAGGAAUUCAGCGUCUUCGGGAACAAGAAGUGCUGACGGAGGCCGCCAAUUGGUGGCGCAACAAGCAGAGCCCGGCUUUUACACUUCUUCCGCGCAGCCGGCGUCCCCUCCUCUGCCUGGAGAAGAUGUAGUAGUUGCACCAGGUGGACAAUCUUCAUCUUCGGCAGAUCAUGAAGCGGGACAACAUCAUGAAGCCGCCACAGAUAGUAAACUCCACCUCGCUUCCCCCGCUCUAGAUCACGCUCUCGACAUGAUUGUCGCCGGGGGCCUGGGGACCACAGCACGUGGUAAAGCGGACCAGGAAGACAUAGAAAAAAAAAGAAACCAGAUAAACCAGACGCGGGACCGAGAUAUGUGCAAGUAUCAUUCUUGGCGCAAGCUCGCUGAACUGUCCGGGGAGGGACCUUAUCGAGGUCCUCUUCCGGACCGGUACGAGUUCGCUCGUUACGUCGCGGAAGAAGAUGAUGCGUCCUCUACCUCUUGCGCCGGCGGCGGGGGACCAGCACGCGAACAGCAGCACUUUCUUCGCCCUAUUCCGGCACUCCGCGCUGCCAGUCGGGCCUUUCAGAACGCGGGGAGGCACAUAUCAAAUGCAAAAGUGUCUGGGUCUGGAAGAAUGCGCGACUUUUGAUGCUGCAUUUGGAUUCUAAAAAAAUCUGUAUUGCAUGACCAGCGAAGGGAAUGCAAUUUUGGCUACGCGGAGAGGGCGUCUGUCAUGUGGAAUAGGUAUCACGAAGCCCUCAACAAGUCUGUGAUGCUAGGGCAUGCAUCACAGACAUUCAUCGUGGCCCAUGCAAACGCGCAUGACAAGUUUCAGAAUCUUCCAGACCCAGACCCUUUUGCAUUUGAUAGAGAUAG